CUCCAGCAGCAGACAUGGACCUGUGGAGCAGCGAGCAGCUGCAACUUCACACACACAACCCUCGGAGUUCAAACCCCUGACAACAUCUGAGAAAAACCUCCUUUUCCCACACUUGCAUUUCUACUUUUUUUUUGCUCAGUAAAAGGCCCGGAAGAGAGAUAAGUUAGAUGGCGCCCGUGUGUUUUUGAUACCUGGGGCAAAGUGCCACACCUUCGCUUACCACGACAGCUCCACAACACAGCCGGCCAAAUGGGGUGCCGAUGCUGCAGGAUGAUAAAAAGCUACAUCUACGACCCCUCGGUGGCGGUGGACGUGAGGAAGACGGACUCGGCAGGCGGCUCCCUCUACCAGCCCCACCGCCACGCCGACGGGGGCGGCGGGCCGCACCGCGACCCCCACAAGCAGAAGCAGGGCUUCCACAACCUGGGCUACAGCCGGUCCAACGACAGCACGCUGAAGCUGGAGUCGGACAACAACCACGUCAACCAGCGGCUGCACCGCCCGCCCUCGGAGGGGGGACUGUACAUCAUCCAGCCGGACGCGCGCUGGACGGAGAAAGGUCCGUGCCAGGUGCCCGUCUACCCCGACACGCAGCAGUCGGACAAGCAGAGGAGCUGCGGCGAGCAGCGGGCCGCCAGGAACGGCUGGGACAACGCCGUCACCACCCGGAGCCCGUCGGUGGACGACACGGACGAGGGCGUGGGGGGGACGCCGGAGUACCUGUGCGACACGGGCGACGAGGGCAGCGUCUUGUCCGUGGACAUCCACACCAGCACCACCAGCCUGUCCUCGGCCGGCACGCGGGACGAGCUCACGUCGGCAAAGACUCCGGACGUUUCCACCUUGGAGAGCGGGAUUUCGGUGGCCAAGAGCGAGGACGAGGAGGAGGAGGAUGAGGGGGAGGACGAGGAGGAGGACGAGGAGGAGGAGGACGGGGAGGAGGAGGUGCAGAGCGUCACGGACUCCAUGGUGGCCGAGGCCCUGGCUGCGCUGGAGGCCGCCACCGCCGGGGAGGACUGCGAGUGACGGGAAACGCCAUCGUCGGUCCGUGUACUUCGCGGCCAUCCGUUUUUUGUUUUGAAAUGACAAAAUAAAAAUAGAGAAAUAAUCCAAAAUAAUCCGUUUCCCAUCUUUUGUUUUAAUAAUAGAAAACGGA